GUCAGCUAGCGAAAAUGAAGGCCAAAAUGAAGAAUUUCAAGGGCCUCACCAUAGCGGCAUUCUACGGUGGAAUGUCGGUGGCAAGCGUCUUUAUAAACAAGGCAAUAUUUAAGGUGUACAAUUUUCGUUACCCCUUCACAUUGGUUUUGGGCCAGACCAUCUUUACGUUAAUGCUCUUGAUCACCAUGCGGAAUCUUCGGCUCAUUCGGACUUCCAAGUUUCAGUUUUCUGUCUUCAAGCGGCUUGUACUAUCACCUAAGGCAAUAAUGAGCUCUCGGGAGCAUGGCUCUGCGAACGUGUGAGAGAUGAGACGGCGUUGCCGGUGCCUUUUUCUUCAUCGAUGCAGAAAGCUGCAGGAUCAGCACAUCAUGUCCGUCCAUUUGGCGCUCUUGCUAUCUUUUCGUCUUUUGUCCAUGGCAAGAUUUGCGUCGGAGUCGCCCGCCCACCGGGGUGGUGAGUAAUUACUAUAUUAAUAAGUACUUAUUGCACGGAUGAGCAUCGUUCGCUGAUGUGCAUUCUGCUCUGGUCGUAGGAUGUAGAGCGCCUCCAUGUCAGUCGUCAGUCGGUUGUCGUCAGGAAUGAAGAAUGCUGUCCGUAUAUCUUCACAGCCCAUACUACAUUUGCAUACGGCGAAAAAUACACGCUCGGAGCCUGUUCUUUUGUGUAAGGCGGGACUGCUGACUGCCAGUAGUGAAGCCGACAUGUUGAUAAGCUUCCUGCGUGUCCGGAGUCUGUUCUUCCUUCGUGUACGGUGGGACUGCUAACUGCGAGUUGUGACACCAACACGUGGAUGGGCUUGUCGAUCGGCGAUUUGACAUUGGAAUUGAUGGGUGGGCGAAAAAUGGACGGGGCUGGUGAAUAAGAAUGUUUUGAUUGUUCCAUGUGUAAUGAAGUGGUUCUUCGUAU